UUAAUGAAUUAGAGACAAAAAGAAGUUGGGAGAGAGAGAGAGAUUAAGGCAAUAUACAUACGUGUGUGUAUAUAUAACUUUUAUUUUUCCUUUUAUUAUUGAUAUAUCUUUAAUUAGUAAUUACUGCUGCUGCUACCUCAACACCACCUACACAUAAAUAUUUAAACGGAAGUGAAGAGAAGAGAGAGAGAGAAAGGUUUGUGGGUUUUUUCGGUGGAUUUUGUUGGAUUUUGUCCGAAGCUGAACCAAUAAAAUGUCUUUAGAUGCUGUUCCGAAAGAUAUGAGGAACCUGCGGGCUUGCCUGCUGUGUUCCUUAGUUAAGACAUUUGACCAGUUUGAGUAUGAAGGUUGUGACAAUUGUGAUGAUCAUUUACAUAUGAAGAAUAACCGAGAUGCCGUCUAUGUCUGCACCAGUUCCAACUUUGAUGGGUUAAUAUCAAUGAUGGGACCUGAAGACAGUUGGGUGGCAAAAUGGCAGAGAAUUAGUCGUUUUUCUAAAGGUUGUUACGCAAUCUCUGUAACCGGUCGUCUUCCUCCAAAUGUUGUCAAAGAUUUGAAACGCAAAGGAAUCUCCUACAGGCCCCGAGACACCAGUACAAGAGCUUGAGGUGGGGGAACCCCUCACCUUUUUUGUCACCUCAUCACAUUUUCAUCUCUCAUUCAAAUCAUUCCCCCCACUUCUUCCAGUGUAAAUAAAUAAAAAAACAAAAGAA